AUCAUCAUCUGACUGAUGGACACAAUCUAAAAUUGAUUUGAAUUGUCUAAAAUAGAAUUGAAUAUUUAACACAUAAAAUUUUUUAUACUUUAUUUACGAGAUGGGCCGUAUGACUGGUAUGAAAUGGGAAAAGUCGACACAAUGUAGACCAGUACAUAACAUUAUAUCAUCAGAUUUUCCAAAGUAUAACCCCCAACCUUGGAAGUUUAUGGAAGGUCCAUCACGCAUACAAUGGUUAUUGUCGUAUGAAUAUCAAAGAAUGUGGUUAGAUGAAAGAGAACUUUGGAAAAAACGAAUGUAUCCAGAAAAUACAACUGUCAAUGUCGAUAUCGUUAAGCGAUAUGUACUCACAUUUAAAACUGCUCAUCAGCCUCCAAAGCCAGAAAAAAAGAAACCGUUUAAAAUGAAAAAAUUUCAGGGUAUAGAUAGCAAAACCACAAACAAACGACAACCUGGUGACAAAGCAAUGAGCUAUUUAAAGGAGAAAAAGAAAACGGCUUAGUCCACAAAAUAAAAUACCAUUUUCUACGAAGGCUAUUUAUAUAAUAUUUUUUGAAUGUUUACUUUUUGAAUUCCUGAAAUAAAAAUACCUAUAUUUUUUUUCCAAGGCUUUUAUUUUACCUUUUUGUGCAGUAGGUAUUUCUGCGGUAACUGAUGCGAUUGUAAACACUAAAAGUUGAAGCAGCAUGUGAAUAUUAUGUAAGAAAAAGACAAAAUGAUUAUUAGGGAUUUAUAUUAUGCCAUAUUAAUAUUAAUUGUAUUGAACGUUAAUCUACUGUGUCCAUUUGGUUGGCUUCUACGUUUUAAUUUUGGUUUUGAUUUUCAUUACAUUUUACAAUAAUUAGUUACAAAACUUUUUUGGGUAGGGUAAAACUUAAUACAAUUUUAAUGCUGUUAUGUAAAAUAUGUUAAAGUUAUUAGAUAUUGGUAAAGACAUAUAAAGACUGUUUGGGUAACCAUUUCAAAAAAAAUUAGAGAUCAAAUAUUGUCUACCUAUCUACUAAGUCGAUUUCGGAAUAUAUUGGAAUCAAAACAUUUUCAAUGCACACAAACUUAAUACUAAUUACAUGUCAUUUGCCAAAAGUCCUCAUAUUCAGUUUCGAAUUGUAUUCAAAAUGGUCGCGUUCAAUAUGGAUUUCCACCAUGAGGGGCCAGUAUCGCCAGCAAGUCUGUAGCUAACAAUAAGAUGUGACGUUACCUUAAUUUUGUACUUAUAUAACAAUUUGUAAAUUUAUGAUUGAAAAGUCUGUAGAAUAUUCUCUUAGGCAAGGGUAAUGGUACGUUUGGUAAAUUACCAUCCUCUAAAGAAGGUAAUAACAAAAAAAA